AUGACUGCAUCUCGGCGUUUCUUCGAUUCAUACAUUCCCAGAAGACACAGAGUCAACACACCGCACAAAUACAGAAUCUCAGUGUGUGUGUCACGUCCUCACCACGACGACCACCUCUCCAAAUGUCUUGUUAGAGUUUACCAGGCAUUUAUCUUUGACAUCCACAUUAUACGUCUUACCAUACUUGCAAAAAUCGUUGAAGACCCGACCCGGCCCGGAAGGCCAGGACAGAAGUCGAAAAACCGAAACAUGAAUAAUGGUUCGCUCAAUUACGAGAGUCUGAAAACAAUUAUAUUGCAUACGGAAGCCAACUUGAGAAUCAAAAUGAACCAGCGAAUGCCGAAAAUCCGUUGCGCGGAUAAAGCCGUUCCUCUCAGAGUCAACUCUCUAGAAUUAGAAGAAUACUCGACGACGAUCAACAAUUCGUACUACAUCCUUGGAAUCUAUCGCAACUUUCAAACUACUGAAGAUGUUCCCCAAUUCAUCAAGAUGUUUAACGAUCGUUGUGGAGUUCCAUACGAUCUGGACAAGUACGGAUUUAAAAUGUCUUCAUAUUCUUCUCCAAUCCUACCAGGAGAUGUCUCGUUUCGUGAAGAGAACCGAAUUUUCUUACCAAAGGAUACAGAUGAAGUGGAACGGAGAUAUGAGAGAAGAUUGCAAUUAAAUGACGGAUUGGAACCAAACCGACAAGACUUCAUCCGCUUCAACCUUCUUCCGUUUCAUUACCAACGGAACAACAUUCAACCUCCAUAUUCUAGUUGCAUUAGGUUCACAUUGAAACAAGAACAUCAAAAACGCGUGGAACAAUAUUCAUACAACAUCAAACUAUUCGAAGCUGCUAAAGAACUGAAUCACAUUAUAUUCGACGGUCGCUCUGUGAUAAAAGUUAAUAAAUUUGAGAUGAGAGGCACCGGCAUAGUUCAUCGUUUACCGAUCGGAUUUAAAGUUAGUGCUAACAGAAUUUCAAUAAGAUUGGAGUAUAUUUCUCGAGUGGCAGCAAUUCUGGAAUCAACUAGUUCUAGUUUGAAAAAAUUAGAACUACUUUACAUGAGCAAAAGUUUUGAAAACCUACAGCACGACGUUGUAAUGAAUGCGAAGAAACUUUUAUUCCAAUUAGAAGAUUUUACCGUUCUUUCCACGGCUCUCAAGAAUCUUCCCAAUAAAAACAUUGAAAUCCAUUUCGCUCGUCAAAUUCCAACACUUGAACAGUAUUACGGAUUUAUUCAAUGUUGGAUGUCAACACAAAGAGAAAUCGGAUCAUCAUAUUCGUUUGGAUUGGUGGAUGAAAAAAUGGGCAACAGCUUGUUGAAUCUGGUACGGGCUCGAAAUGAAAUAACAGAGCAGACAGCAAGAUGUGUUACUAUCAUCAAAGAAGAACGAAAGCGGAAAAAUGAAAUCAUUUUGAAGGAAAAUCAAACGCAAAAAAACCAGCGGUUCGAGUGGUUUUUCGAAGUCAGCUUCCUGGGAGUCAAAUAUUGGUUUUAG